CCGGGCGGCUCUCUCGCUCCCCUUCAAUCGCAAUCCGCUUCCCUUCCCUGCGCUCUCGCCCGGGGAGGUCCGUGGCUACAGAAGAAAUCCUCGAAUUCCGGGCCCCUUCGUCGGCGUCUGGUACCGGCCCCCCUGAGGCGCUGCUUUCCCUCACAGCCGGUCGCACAUGACGCGAGCUCCGCCGAUGGUGGUGCACGGCGCCGAGGGCUCCCCGUCGGUGCGACAUCUACGCGCUGAAGUAGCAUCGUUGGCUAACGUUAGCUAACAACAUCGAUCCCUCUGCUACUCCACCCCUCUCUCCCUCCGGUCGAACCCCGCCACCGAUCCGUCACAUCAACAAUUGAUUGAUUGCACAGGACCGCCGAGGCCAUUUCCCCCUCCCCGACCGUCCAGCGCCUAGAGCAGGAAGCCCAGCCUUUUCUGCUCAGAUUUAGGGCCCGCAAAGAGAGUAGCCUCGGAGUUUCAACCCGUGAUAGUUAGAUCACCAACCCCCUUUCCUCCUCCUCCUGUGGCCUUUUUAGGGGUCCGUUUCUUCUCUACCUCAAUACCCGAAUGCCUCCCCGUCCCUGUGUGUAACCUCAGCUGCACUAUCACCCCGACUCUGAUCAGCCCCCUCCGUGCUCCACGGACACCGGCUCUGCUGCUUCUGACAAUCCGAACGAGGAGCGCUGCUCUGCGUGCACUGACUGCGGCGAACCCCGGUGGACAUAUCCGAUUCUCUCCAUCCCCGUCUCCCUUUUUGCUCAUUCUGGCUGCAGGGGGAAGCUAGCUGGCCGGCCUGCUCCACUUCACACCCAAACAGUUACGGAUCUACCCCUACAGUCCACUCCAACUCGUCCGCGAUCCCCACCGCAGCAGAUCUCCGUGACACACGCCCCGCAGCGCCCGAGCCACGGCUCUCGCCAUGCCGGGUCCGGUCGCCGGUAGCAAGUCCCGUGUGUACGCAGACGUCAACACGCUGAAAAGCCGGGAGUACUGGGACUACGAGGCCCACGUACCCAACUGGAACAACCAGGAGGACUACCAGCUGGUUCGUAAGCUGGGCAGAGGAAAGUACAGCGAAGUGUUUGAGGCCAUCAACAUCACCAACAAUGAGAAGGUGGUUGUCAAGAUCUUGAAGCCGGUCAAGAAGAAGAAGAUCAAGCGAGAGAUCAAAAUCUUGGAGAACCUGCGAGGAGGGACCAACAUUAUCCGACUGGUGGACACAGUCAAAGACCCAGUGUCCAGGACUCCGGCGCUUGUCUUUGAAUGCAUCAAUAACACAGACUUCAAGGAGUUGUACCAGAAGUUGACAGAUUACGAUAUCCGUUUCUAUAUGUAUGAACUACUGAAGGCUCUGGAGUACUGUCACAGUAUGGGAAUCAUGCACCGUGAUGUCAAACCCCACAAUGUGAUGAUCGACCACCAGUUGAGAAAGCUACGCCUUAUAGACUGGGGUUUGGCGGAGUUUUACCACCCAUCCCAGGAGUAUAAUGUCAGAGUGGCCUCACGAUACUUCAAAGGCCCCGAACUCCUGGUGGACUACCAGAUGUAUGAUUACAGUCUAGACAUGUGGAGCUUGGGCUGUAUGUUGGCCAGUAUGAUCUUUCAGAAAGAGCCCUUCUUCCACGGACAGGACAACUAUGACCAGUUGGUGCGAAUUGCCAAGGUCCUGGGGACAGACGAGCUGUUUGGCUACCUGCGUAAAUACCACAUUGAACUGGACCCGCGUUUCAAAGACCUGCUGGGACAACAGAGCAGGAAGCGUUGGGAACAGUUUGUGCAAACGGAGAACCAGCACUUGGUGAGUCCUGAAGCUCUGGACCUGCUGGACAAGCUGCUACGCUACGACCACCAACAGAGACUGACCGCCACAGAGGCCAUGGAGCACCCCUACUUCUACCCAGUAGUAAAGGAGCAAUCUCUGUCAAACUCUGACAACAACAUGGUUUCCAGUGGCAACACUACAGCGCGAUGAAACAAAGAGGUGGAAGAAGAAGGAUGUUUGUUACCUCAACUUUGUACCCGGUUGUGACAGUAACUUUGACAAGUGUACAGUGACAAUGGAUCAAAGAAACUCUGACCAGUUACACACUCACAGAUAUGUGCAUACAACUACACACAUACACCCACAUACAUCAGUGCAAGCACACCUCUAUACGCACACAUGCAGUCACAUAUACAUACACCCUCCUCCUCUGUAUCAGUCUGUGAUUGGCUUGUCCUGGUUCCCUGUCCAGUAGGAUGACCAAUGAGCUUGAAGCUGCUCCCCCAUCGUCCCCUCAAAUGCUCGUGGUCCUCCCAGCUCAGUCUCAUGUAGGUCAACAAGGACAAACUACUUUUAAAGACAAUUCAGUCUCUCCUCCUCUCUCUCCCUCCAUCUCUCCUUUAUAUCAUCCCCUCCUUGUUUGCAUCAGCAUGGAGAAUGAUCGGGAGUGUGAGCCUGUACAAGUCCCUCACCUCCAACCUGUUCCUCCAUCUGUCUGUCUGCCCCCCCCCCCAUCAUGUCCCCCGACAGACAGACAGACGUCUCACUAUUCCAGUUCUGAAAGUGGCAUGGUGGACUCUCUCUAGAUAGAUUGAUGAUGAUGAUGAUGAU